GCCCACCCCCUACGCCAUUAUUCUCUCCGCAAAUCUGACCCUCUCCCCUUCCCCUCGUGCGAGCGAGGACUCACCCGACGCGACGCUAGGGUUCCGCGGCGGCGGCGACUGCGGCCAUGGACGAGACGGCGGCCCUGGCGGCGGCGAGGGGGAGGUGGAUGCAGUGGGAGGAGGUGGUGGUGUCCAACGACCGGGGCCGGCGCCUGGUGCACUACUUCCUCCGCCGCGCCGGCUCGGAGGAGAAGGAGCUGGCGGUGGUGGGGCGGGAGCGGAGCCCGCGGCACAUGUCGUACGCCGUGCAGGGGCGGUUCCUGCGCUCGCUUGCGGCCGCCGCGGGGGCGGCGGCGGUUGCGCCGUCUUCGUCCCGGUCGCCCGCGUUGGCUGGGGCGGAGGGCGGCGCUCCGAGGAAGUGGCGGUCGAGGCGGGAGGUCGUGGACUGGCUGUCCUCCCUCGUUUCCGGUUCUAAUCAUGGUUCCCCCUCGAUGGCUAAUAGGUUCAAUGGGAAUUCAUAUGAUGACAAUGAUGUUAACUGCACUGAAGUUACUGCUUCGAAGGAUGUUUCGUCUAGGGAAUUUUCGAAAGAUUUCACAUGGGUAGGAACUGCAUGGUAUUGCCAAAACCGAUGGAAGCACUACAAGUCUUUCUCCCGUAGGGGAAUUACUAUCUCUGUGCAUAGUUUUGUAUACAUUAUGAGUGAAGAGAUGAAGAGACUCGUUGCCUAUGUGGAGGAUCUCUAUGAGGAUACAAAUUCGUACAAUAUGGUCAAGGUACGAUGGUUUGACAAAGUUGACGAGGUUGGUGUUCCAUUGCCCAUGGAUGUCAAUGACAGAGAGAUUUUCUUUUCCCUUGGUCGUCAAGAUCUCAGUGUUGAAUGCAUUGAUGGAUUGGCUGCAGUCCUGAGUGCUCAACAAUUUGAAAAGUUCAAGAAUGGUAUCAAAUACAGCAAUUGGGAACCUUAUCUUUGCCGCUGGCAGAUUGACAAUGAUGAGGUCAAGCCUUUUGACAUCAGCCAACUGCAAGGGUAUUGGAGCCAGGAAGUACUUAGGACCAUGUUCAAUGCAGCUUCCUCUCUGAAGGUGCGUUUCAGGGUUACUAAAGUUGGGCCCAGUUGUGAUGGAGGGCAGAAGAGGAAGCGUGAUGAAUUCGACAAUGAUGCUAGUCCACAGAAGUUCCUUUGCUCUGGUGCUUCCGGUUCUGAUUUUUUCAAGGAUGCUUUGUAUGACAACCGUAAACACAUAUAUCCUGGUUGCCAUGCUGAAGUUCUGUCGCAAGAUAGUGGUAUAAGGGGCUGCUGGUUUAGAUGUUUGAUUUUAAAGAGGCAUAGAGAUAAAAUCAAGGUGCGCUACCUAGAUCUCCAGGAUGCUGAUGACACGGGAAAUUUGGAGGAGUGGGUCAUGCUAACAAGGGUUGCUAAACCUGAUCACUUGGGCAUACGCUUCAUUGGAAGGCCCAUGGUUCGCCCACAACGUGUCCAAGACAUCAAGGUCCCUUCCAUCUUUGAUGUUGGAGCCAUUGUUGAUGCAUGGUGGCAUGAUGGCUGGUGGGAGGGAAUUGUAUUGCGGCAGGGGAAUGACAGACGUCUACAAGUUUAUUUUCCAGGAGAAAAGCGAGUGGCUGAAUUUGGUGAAGAUGAUUUGCGGUAUUCCCUUGAGUGGGUGGGUAGCAAAUGGAAUCCUUUGAAGGAAAGAAAAGAUAUUGCAAACAAACUGUCCUCUACUGCAUAUUCUGAAGGUGAAGGGUUGAUUGGCAAACAAAUUUCACAUAAAGGUAACCCAUCUCCAAAACCAGAAUCACAAAUGGAGGGCCUUCAAUUCCAGAGGUGUGAUGACAAAUUGUACGUCAGCAAGAUCUCUCGUGAUCAGAAACGUGUUCUGGCUGAUCUCACAAAUGAUCUGAAGUUUGAUAACCUGAAGUGGAGGCCAAGAAAGCGGAGUAGGAGAUCUGGCUCAAAAAGGCAGUCAGACACUAGCAGCGGAAGCAGCAGCCAGGAGAGAGACAUGGAGUCAUCCAGUCCCAGUGGAAGUUUUGUGCAGCUUAAUUCUGCGACUGACGAGGAAAUAUGCAAGAGCAGUGGAGAGCAGCGUUUUAUGGGUGUCCCCGUGCAGGUUUCCAAUCUGGUGAUGUCCAGAUGAAAGCUGACUUAUAUCAUUCGAAGGCUAACAUGUUUAUGCUCUUCCUUUCUGGAGUUCUGCAGCCUCGGUGAGAUGUGAUUUUGUGCAUCCCCAGGAUAUUGUCACCACCACCUGGAUCCAGAUCUUGGGAGUUUUGAAAGCAUCUGUUCUGAUAUUGGUAGUUGGGACUAGUUUACUGCUUGUAUUUAUGACUGACCCGGAUAAGUUUUACCUGUUCUCUGUAACAUUCUAGGAGUAGAUAGGAGCUUUAACGUCCUGUUAAGGAAAGGAAAGAAUGGCUGAGUUUUGAUUCCAGUUUCUAGAGCUUUUCCUUUUUUGACAAUCCAGGUCCCUCCUAAGUUUGUUCCUCCCGUCUUGUAGCUGCAGUGCUUCUUAUAUAAAGUUGUACUAUCCUAUACCCGGAGAAAUAUCAUAGUGCUUCUGUUGUUUCUAAA